AUGAGAGCACUAUUUACCAUGCAGAAGAGCACAGUUUUCCAGAUCAUUGGGGUUGUCUGUCUGGUUUGCCAGGCACUGGCACUGGAGGAGCCCUCCAAAAUCAGUCAGAACAUAGACCAUGUCCAGAAGCACAACCUUAAACUGCUCACCGAACAACUCAAUCGAGGAUGGAGGGCUUUCUGUGAUGCUCCGGUGGACGAGGGUGUCAUGUCCCUGUUUCAGGGCAUCAACCCCAGCGACGCCCGGUUGCAUGUGAUGACCAUCACCAAUCAGAGCGUGGAGCUUCCCAUCAAGUCCAUGGGCCAAAUAAAGGACUUUGAUAUCCAGGCUGAUCGAAAGACCCUUAUCUACGUGAACGCCUUCCACACGGCCGACAGCUAUUUCAGCGUCCAGGAGCACCUGACCCUGCUGCAGAAUAGCCGGAGAGAUCUCAACGUGAUCGUAGUGGACUUUGCCAAGGACGUGGCCCAGCUCUACUACGCCAUUCGUCACCACUUGUCGGUUCACGGGUACUUUGUAUACAAGAUCCUGCGAGCCUUGAAGGAUGCGGGAAUUCCGAUGGAGGACGUAACUUUGGCAGGUCACUCGGUGGGCGCAAACAUUGCCGCUUUGGGGGCACAGCUCUUUGCCAAGGAGAACAAGCAAGUUGUAGGCCAACUGAUAGCCAUCGAUCCGGCCACCAUGUGCCGCACCACGGACAUCCUGGUGAAACAGAGCGUGGCCGGAAGAGUGGUGGUCUUGCAUGGUGAGGGAGAUGUCUUUGGGGUGAGGGUACCGAUGGGGCACAUCGACAUCUACCCUAACGGCAUCGGCUACUUUCCGAGGAGAAAACUUCAACCUGGCUGCGAGUCCAAGAUCUGCAGUCACAUGUAUCCCUUUGUACUCUUCAUGGAGGCACUAAUCGAGGGUGUGAUGAUCCCUGCCACCAAGUGCGAGAGCUGGGCCAAGUUCCGGCAGGGAGACUGUAACUUCCAAAACACAAUCAACAUCGGGCUGGUCUACCCGUCCAACGCCAAGGGCCUAUACUUUUGCUUGACGCAGCCGAACCCCCCAUUCACCUACAUGGAGCAUGGACUGCGCUACAAAACAAAGCGUCUGGAGAAGUCAACCACAAAAAAAUCUAACUAG